AAGGACUUUCCUUAUGGUUAAUAUAAUACGCCUCUUCCCUCAGAGAGGGGCAGUGGCUGCUGAAUAAUGAAUACCCUUAACCCGCCCAUUUAAUGUUUAUUGAUCAGCUCUCCAGCAGGCCUAUCUGACAGCAGUCAGAUUCAGUUUGGAUAUGGCGUCGCUGCACCGACACGGGAUGAAUUUUCACCUCUCCGUGGGAAUUUGCCAGUCGCGCACCGGGACGGCACUUUUUGGUUUUUGUCGCUGUUAAUAGGGAUCAUACAUGGCGAUGGAGGACGAGGAUAAUCACACAGCGGUCGUGGCGACUAACACCCAAACGGGCAUCAAGAAAGGAGGUGAUGUCGGAGAUAACGGGGCUUGCAUAGACAGGCAGCCGGACACGGUGGUACACCAAGCGGGACUGAAUCAGACUGCAGGUCGCGGCAGCCGCAGUGGUCCGGGAGCUCAUGCUGCAACGGGGAUCCGAGUGCUAAAGCAGCGCAACAUGAAGCGGAAUGGGAGUCGUGGCUGUGUGACGAGAAAGACCAGAUUUGGAUCAAGAGAGCGGGACUGGUUAAAGGGGGACACCCAGCGUGGCUGUGUGUGUCUAUAUGGGGGGACAGUGGACCCCCAGCCACCUGCCUCUGGCCCACAGGCCUCCUCCACCCCUCAGACAGACCUGCAGUUGGUGCUCUGCUCCACCAGUACCACAGUGGAGGAACUGUGUGCUCAAAGAGAUGGAAAGGGACUCUAUGUUCAGCUGCAUGGAGACCUAGUCAGGAGGCUGGACCCCUCUGAGCGUCCACUCCAGAUGGUGUUCGACUACCUGGCAGCAAUGGGCUAUGCAGAGCCUGUACGAGUGCAGCAAGAAGCAGCCAACUCAGACCUCAGCUGUUUGAUCCGUUUCUACAGUGAGCGUCCAGUGAAUGCAGACCAGCAGGAGCGGACCCUGCUGAAAGGCGUAUUCAGCGUCAGGAAGGGCAAGUCGCAGCUGCACAAGUGGGCAGAGCGGCAGGUCAUCCUCUGCGGCACCUGUUUAAUCGUGGCCUCCGUCAAAGACAGCCUGACUGGAAAGAUGCACAUCCUGCCCCUGGUGGGGGGAAAGGUGGAGGAGGUGAAGCGGAGGCAGCACUGCCUGAUGUUCAGCUCAGCUGGAUCACAGGCCCAGACAUACUUUGUCAACUUCGACACACUCGCAGACUACCAGCGAUGGCAUCGGCAGGCAUCAAAAGUGGUGUCUCAGACAGUCAGCUUGGUGGACCUGUCCUGCUACAGUCUGGAAGUAGUGCCUGAAUAUCUAUUUUACUGUCAGGAUAUCACCCACCUCAACCUGAGACACAACUUCAUGAGCCUUCAGGGGCCUGGAGGCCUUCUUAACCUCCCCAGGUUUUCUCAGCUGAAGAGCCUGAACUUGUCUCACAAUCGUCUGGGUGUGUUCCCCGAAUGUGUGUGUGAGAUCCUCACUCUGACUGAGCUCAACCUCUCCUGUAACAGUCUCCACACCGUCCCUGUGCAGAUAGGCAACCUUCAAAGCCUGCAGACGCUUUCUUUGGAUGGAAACCACCUCAGCUCCCUGCCUGAAGAGCUGGGUGGCCUGUCCCAGCUCAACAGCCUAGGGCUCUCCUUCAACAACUUCUCUCACAUCCCUGCUGUGCUGGAGAGGUUGAGUGCAGUGGACAAGCUGGCUAUGGCUGGGAACAGAGUGGAAAGUCUGGAGUUGUGUACUCUGGCCAAAAUGAGCCACCUGAAAAACAUCGACCUCCGUUUGAACGGGCUGCGCUGGGUGAAAAGUGAGAGUCUAGAGGCAGUGAGCCAGGUGACCCAGCUGGACUUACGGGACAAUUGCUUGGGCUCACUAGACCUGAGCUCCGUCUGCAACCUGGAGACUCUGCACUGCCAGCGCAACCAGCUGGGGACACUCACGCUCAGCGGUUUCACACUGCGCAUGCUUCAUGCCAGCAGCAACCGCCUUACGACAGUCAACAUCUAUCCAGUCCCUAACCAGCUGACACACAUGGACCUAUCACAGAACCUUUUGGAGUACCUUCCGGACUGGGUGUGUGACUGCAGAAAAAUUGAGAUGCUGGACGUCACGCACAACCUCCUGUCUGAGCUUCCUUCCAGACUGCUCAACAGCUUGAGUUUGAGAAAGCUGCUGGCGGGGAACAAUCAUUUGCAGAGAGUGCCUGACCUACUUGACCACAUCCCUCUGGAAGCCCUAGACCUCCAGCACAACAAGCUAGCCGAGCUCCCUGAGAGUCUGUUUUACAAGGCCUUAAACCUAAAAUACUUAAAUGUGUCAGCCAAUGCAUUGGAAAGUAUUCCUCCCAGCAGCCCAUCAGAGGAGAGCCUCAGCACGCUGCAGGAGCUCUACCUGACGGGGAACAUCCUGAAUGAGAACUGCGGUGCUCUGUUGGUUGGACACCAGAACCUGCGGGUCCUUCACAUCGCCUACAACCAGUUGCUCUCCUUCCCUGCCAGUAAGCUGAGUAAGCUGGAGCUGCUGGAGGAGCUAAAUCUAAGUGGCAACAAACUAAAGACGAUCCCCUCCACUGUGUCCAGCUGUAAGAGACUGCACACCCUCAUUGCACACUCCAACCACAUUACUGUCUUCCCAGAGAUCCUCAACCUGCCCGAGAUCAAGCUUGUGGAUCUGAGCUGUAAUGAGUUGACUGAGAUCCAGCUGCCCGACUCGCUGCCUGCCACUUUGCAAGAGUUGGACCUGACAGGCAACAGCAGCUUGAUCCUGGAACACAAAACUCUCAACCUCUUCAGUCACAUCACCACCCUGAAAUUAGACCAGAAAGCCACCACGACAGCAGGAGACUCACAGAGUGCCUCCACUCCAUGGAAACACGGUUACUCUGAAAUGAGCGGCCAAAGGAACAAGUUGUGUGUGUCUGUGCUGGCUGUAGACCGAUUUGGAGACGGUGUGGAAGCAUGUUAUGGCAUCUUUGACGGAGACCGCAACGAGGAAGUGCCUCGACUGCUGCAGUGCACCAUGGGAGAUGUGCUGUGCGAGGAACUGCAGCACUCCAGUACUGACAAUGUGUACAUGUGCAACACUUUCAUCACCUCACACAGGAAACUAGGAAUGGCUGGCCAGAAACUGGGUGCUUCUGCCUUGCUGUGUUAUAUUCACCAUGAGCCUUCAGAUCCAGGAGGCUACUUCAGCCUCACUGUGGCCAAUGUGGGUACCUGCCAGGCAGUGUUGUGCCGGGAUGGGAGACCUGUACCUCUCUCCAAGGUUUACAGCUUGGAGAACUGCACUGAGGAGAUGGAGAGGGUUAAACUCAGUAAAGCCAUCAUUACCGAGGAUAACAAAGUGAGUGGAGUGACAUGCUGCUCUCGCCUGCUGGGUUGCUCUUAUCUGUCUCCCUGGGUGCUUCCAAAGCCCUGGGUACACACUGAGCCUCUCUGUUCCCAGGAUGAGUUCUUGAUCCUGGGGAAUCGAGCGCUGUUUGAACGGGUCUCCUACCAGGAGGCCGUGUGCACUGUACAGGCUGUGCGGGAUCCUCGCGCUGCUGCCAAGAAGCUGUGUUCACUCGCUCAGAGUUAUGGCUGCAAGGACAACAUCGAGGCUGCAGUGGUAUCCCUGCAUAUUGGUGAGGACAGCUGCACCUGUGAGCCACCUGUCUCCAUCACUGAACCACGGGGUCCCCCUCCCACCCCUGUGCCUGUGCCUGUAACCGUGACCCCAGGUCCUAGUGACCCAGCCACUCUUUCAUCCAGCAGUGGGGUUGUCUCUGAGUUCAACAGUGAGACAUCAGCCUCAGAGGUGGGCAGCGAGGCGGGGUCCACCGCUUCAGACGAGCACCCGUCCUCUGGCCCCGCAGCCCGUCCAGAGAGACGCUGUAGCCUACACCCUGCUACAACACUGUGUGGGAUCAUGGUGCCAGGCUCAGUUGUGGCAGGAACCCACCCAGGCCUAUUUCAGCGGCAGCCCUCCUCUGCUACGUUCUCAAGUAACCACUCUGACAACGGCUUGGACAGUGAUGAUGAAGCUCCGCUUGAGGGUGUAAUCUCCAAUGGCAGCAAGUUAGAAGUGGAGGUAGACAUUCACUGCUGUGCUUUCCAACUACGGUCAGGGGCCCCUGAGAGCCCCAAAGACUUGGACCUUGAAAAGCGAGGCUCUGACUAUCCCAAUGGCAAAAUGCGCAGACAGAACAGCGUGGUGGUUUCUGCUACGAACGGCUGCCUACUGGCUGUAUGUGGGAGAGAGAUUACAGACCUCAAAAAGUCUCCUUCCACAUCGAGCCUGUUUGGGAAGAAGCUGUCCAAUGGCUCGGUUGUAGCCCCUGAGGACAGUCAUAAUCUCAUUGAGGUGGCCCUGGAGGCUCCUAAGAAGAAAUCUGGCUACUUCACUGCCCCAGCACAGCAGGACCCUGAGGACCAGCUCAUUGUGCCUCCUAGUCUGGAGCAGGAAGUCAGGGAGCAGCUAAGAGGCCAGAGCCCUCUAGUCUCAGCCCCCCCCUUGCCAUCCAUACCCCCUUCCUUAAAAGACCCCGUGUGGGAUCAUCCACACCCCCCUGCAUUUGCCUCCAACCUGGUCCCAGGUCCAGGCCCGACCCCCAUCCUUCAGCAGGAAGUCUACGAUACUGCCCUCUAGAGAUGGGGGACACAGCACAGCGCCAUGUGACUGGAAUUCUGUGAAUGUGCCAUUCCAGGGAAGAAGAGGAGAUUUUUCUCAUACAUGGGGGAUAUUCUAAUUCAAGUUGCCAUUCAGAUAUUAUGUGAGGACAAGACAAACCUGUGGGACCUUGAUAGUCACUAAGUGAUGCUACGCCAUUAAUGAGAGGUAAAAAAGGGUUUCUGUGCACGGUCUGAGUAUCAACAAAAUGCAGGCAACCAAGAUCCCAAUUCAUAACAAGACGUUGUGAAAAGGACUGCCUAUCACAGACCAAAAAAGCCUGACUUGAGAUGGGAUAUCUCAUGUGUUAAAACAUGUCAGCAACAUUUCCCUUUACUUGGAAAACAAGCAAUCUAGAGGGUGUGUACGGGAGAUUGUUUUCAGUGAGGUCGAAUAUCCUCUCCAGGGGCUCCGUGGUCUCUCAGGUCCUGGAGAGAAGCCCUGUGACUGAAAGUUGAAAAAGUGCCUACUGCAGACGAGCUCCCCCACAUCCAGGCUGUGUUUGGGGUUGUGAGCUUGUUAGUUAAAUUCGGAGGAGGGACAGUGUCUCCAAGAGACCAGCACUGGCACAGCUUCUGCUCUCCUCCUCUUUCUGUGGCUUACAAAGGAAAUCAGACAGUAUAAAUGCUUGUAAGGCACAUAGGACUAGAAGAUGUGAAGACAAAAUAACUGCAUUUACAUCACAGGGAAUGCUGUGGUCGGGUUUUAUUUUUAGCGUUCCCACACAAUAUGUAUAGAAUCUUCUAUAUAGGAUAAAUUAAUUCUAUACAGUAUAGUACACACUCAAAAACUAGCAGCCAGCUGAUGUGGUGUGCUUGAGCUGCUGACACCGAGGUUGAAAACUAUUGCUAUUUAGAGCAAUGCAUUUUGAAUAGCUGUCCAAAAUAAUAUCAUAGUCAUUCAACUGUACAGAGCGGAUGUGUUGUAGAGUUAAAAAAUCCUUAUAACUAUAAUCUGUGACAGUGCAUGAUCAAAUGAUCUCCUUAAAAACUACAUAGGAAAUAAAAGUUUAAUUUAAAUUUAGUCAGUUUAUGGUCACUGACCCCAGGAUGUUUGGACAUCAUUCUUCAUUUGAACAAACCACUCAAGGCACAAAAGCGAAUCAGAAAUUAUACAGUGUACUGUCGAGAGAUGAAGGAUAGAUACAGUAUUUGUAUGUACUGUAUGUUAUGAUACAUGUCCACUGGUACUAAGAUUGUACAUUUUAGUAUAUCCAAACUUUGGAGGCUGCUACCCUUUUAAAUAUGUAAACAUCCAUCCAUGUCCCUGCAGAUCCAGUUAUUGACAUCUCUUACAUCUUAGCCAAUCUUUUUUUCAGCUUCGCUCUCCAAUACACUGCCCACACAUCCAGAUGACUUGCAGGGUGUGGUAUUUUGGCCAAUUAUAAACAGAACCAAAACCCUACUUUCUUGUACAAUCUGGUCUGUGCACAUGAGAUGUCACAAAGUUUAACCCACAGUUCUACAAGUACACAGAGAGAUUUGGGAUAUAGAAACAAAUUAAGCCUUGCUAUAUUUCUCUUUUUCACUCCCACAUAUCACAUACAUACCAUUUCCUGAACGGGCAAUGCUUCUGUAGAGUUCAGAUUCCAGAGUUCAUGGAAAAAAUGGUUGUCAGUGCAGCAGGAGCAGUGUAAGGUGCUGCAACAUGAACUGGUUCAGUCUCUUAAUAUAAGUAAGUAAUGCUUUUUUUCUUAUUGAAGGAGGACUUAAUUCCCCAAAUGACCAUGUCUUUGUCAGUUACUCACCCUGUGUUGUGCUGAAUUUGUGAAGAAAAUGUUUUUUUCUUGCAUGCCUCUGGUAAACGAAGAAUCCAAAAAUGGAGACUGCUUUUAACAACAGCAAAACUAUAUGAAAACAUCUGUUUACAAACUGUCACACAAUUCAUGCAGUAUAUUCCAAGUCUUUGAACAAUCGUAUGUUCAGUAUGUCCCAAACAGACAGCCCUUUCAGAUGGGGAACUGAACUGAAAGUUAACCUUAUCCAUGCUCUCUUCAAAGCCGGAUUCCAUUGACAAAAACAGUCAUUUUACCUCACUGAACAUGGGAGUUGCUUGUCUACCACUCCCUCUUUGACAUUUUGAAAGGUUAGUUUGGACACAUCCACAACUCCACCUCCCUCCAAAGGCCUACUUCCCUCUCCACCAUUACGUCGUACGACGCUAAGGUUAGAUAGUACUGAUGACUGGCAACAAACAACAAACAGUAGGCUAACCGUUAGCAACUGAAUGCUGUGUUGUCAUAUAUAAUGUUACAGUCUAUGUUACAUUAGAGUGUUACAUUACAGUCAGAGGCCUCCACGUGGGCAAGACAGACAGGAUGCGUCGGGAAGACAGACAGGAUGCUCAGCCAAUUGGUCGGAGUUUUCUUAGAACCAUAUGAGAAUGACGCAAUUAUGAGUUUUUAUCUCUGGUGGAAUUCACUUACAUUUUAGUGUGCCAUCAGCUUAUUAAUAGCAUUCUAAACAAAGAAAAGUGUAAAAUUUCCAGAAAGGUAAGUAUUACUUUAAAGGCAAAAAGUCCAAAAAAAUAAUCUUAACAAAAGAAAUUGCUGUUUUUGUUGGUGGAGUCUGGCUUUAAAGAUAGCAUAUAUAAGUUUCACUUCCAGUUAAGAUCCCCAUCAGAAAGGGCUGCCUGUUUGGGGGGCACUGAGCAUAUGACUGGAUAAAUGACACUUGGAUUAUACUGCAUGAGUCAUGUGAGUUUAUAAACAGAUGUUCUGAUAUAGUUUGGCUGUUGUUAAAGGUGGACCCCUGUGAUGUCAUUUCAUCAUCAAUUUUCUCCAUUUUUGGAUUCUUCGCUCACCAGAGCAAUGCGAGAAAAACAAAGUUUUCUUCACAAAUUCAGCAUGACAUGGGGUGAGUAAUUGAUAUACACAUGGUCACUUGGGGGGUGACGUAUUCCUUUAAGUCAUACAGUGCUUCAGCAGUUGAUAUCAUCAACUUUCAAUCAUUUCUUAAAUUAUCUUUAGGUUCCAGUCAUAUUUAUCUCAGCUGAAAGUGAUUUGGUAAAAACUACAUUAUUAUUUGAAUUAUCAGGUAAAUGUUAUGGAGCCCUGGAAACCUCAGUUUGCCCCUUCCUGAACCUCCCCACCUUGUGCCAAAAGAGAAAGCAGCUCUGCCGGGGCUGCUGUGGUUGUAAGAAGGCCAAAGCCGGGUAAUUGCUCAUGUCAGUGAUUACUACAUUAGUUGUAUAUAUUUGGUUGCCACUCCAAUUUGGUAGUGGUGCGGUUCUGGCAUUCCACAGCUGUUGCAUAGCUGGACCUUUCAGUGUUCCCUUUUAGCCUUAAAGUAAACACUACUCAGUAUUUUUUUAAAGGAGAGGCCCUUUGUUUCAUCCCACUCAUGCUCUGCUUGUGACUGAGGUCUUGUGCUUCGGGGGUUGUUGUUUAUUGAAGCAGCCCCUCUGUCCUUUCUUUGCUGUCCUUCAGUGAUGAAGCCUUAAUUGAUGUGUGAGCCUGAAUCUUUUCUUUGCAAGUUUUUGUCUCACACGGUUAAAAGCACUUUGUACAUAUAAUAGAAAAUAGUGAUAUUCAGAAUUAUGUAUAUUUGAGUUUAAUAUAUGAGAUAUUGUUCAACAUAGCGUGCUGGGAUUAUUGUGGCUUCCCUCAGUCCAACAUAUCACCUCUUGUCUACGAAUACAUAGCCAACAAAAAUGAUGAUGAAGUGACAUAAUGGCAAUUCAUUCACAACAUACAUUCACUUUUUGGUGUGUUUUUAAUAUGACAAACAUUUCUUGUUUUACUGUUUGCUUUCAAAUACGUCUUAAUUUUACAGAAUAAUAUUUAAAGGUCCAGUGUGUGGGACUCGGGGGGAUAUACUGGCAGAAAUGGAAUAUAAUAUAAUAUGUUUUCUUUAGUUUAUAAUCACCUGAAAAUUUAGAAUUGUGUUUUCUUUACCUUGGAAUGAGCCAUUGAUAUCUACAUAGAGAGCAGGUUUUCAUCCACAUACAUGGCCAUGUUGCACCACCAUGUUUCUACAGUAGCCCAGAACAGACAGACCAAACAUUAUUUUAGAUAGAGCCAACCGCAUUUUCACAUAUUCAUGUCAGCUACAUAGUAAAAAUAAUGGACAUAGGUAGAGACAUCACACAUUAGUUUGUCGACUGCCAUUUUUAAGCCUCAGGUUCGGCAUUUCGGCUGUAGCCAUCUUUGUUUUUUGGAGCCAGAUGUGACCAUAUUUGGACAAGAGGUUUGAGCUGUGGAAGAGUGAUAGAUGGAUCUUACUGGGAAGCUGAGGACACUAUCUGCAGACAGCCUGUCAUUCAAGUGGCCCCAACCUUAGAAAUGGGUGUUAAAAUGUAAACGGGUGAGUUGUAUAAAAAAAAAAAAAAGUGGCUGUUUGUUGAACUGCACUUUUGGCACUUUUUUAGCAGCCUCUCUGCAAUGAGUACGUCAGAAAAACACUGACUUUUUAGUGUGAAACUGCUUUAUAAAUUGUUUGUACGGCUUUAAAUCACCAGGUGCAUUUAUUUUGGAGAGGAAGAGCCCUCUGUGGAUAAUUCAGCCCUAGUAAAAAAAAAAAAAAAACCUGAACAAUGAACACUGAAGGAAUUCUAACCAAGAGAAAUUACAGCUGGUUGUAAUCUGCAGCCUUCACCACUGAAUCCCCCUAAGUCUUACACACUGUUCCUUUAAAAUUCAACAUCAGCACCACAAACAGCAUAAUAUAUGUUAACCACUACUCCUUAGCUACUCUAACACUAUCUGCCAACAUCACUCUUACUUGAUAUAAAUAUGAAUUAUUGGGCCCCCUGCUGGCAGAAGAUGAGGAAUUACAGUUAUUGUUGUUUGUUAUUCAUGGCCAGUGUUGAUAUUUGGUUAAAACAUUGUGCUAAGUGAUUACUAAAUAUACAGGCAGACCUGAAAAUGGAUUUUAAAAUCCCUCUACAAUAAUUACGUGUUUUGAAAACAAUAGACUAAGAUGAUAAUUACUAUAAUCCACAGCAACGAGACAAUAUUAUCCUUAUUAUGCUUAUUUAGAAUUCAGAGACUGAUUCACACUAAAGUUUUGGAUUUUACUUUUUCUAAAAUGAACAAUAGUGAACAAUAUUUUAUAAUGAUGAGGCUAAGAGUUUGUUUCCAGUCACUUUAUUGAUCCGACUGUGCAGUAUCUGAGAUGCCAAACGCCUGGGACUCACGCCUGUUGUAUGGACUGAACAUGGAUGGGCGCUACAGGUGUAACCUGCCACAGGAGGAGCUAGAAAAGCUAUAAGACAGAUUAUGAUUGUGAUUAAUAUUACACAUAUGAAACGAGCUGGAGGACUGAACUGUUGAGCACGUUCGGAGAGGAUGGAGGUUUAAAACAAAAUGGUGGGAAUUCGCUCAUACAAAUAUGCAAAGUGUCAACUGUAUAUAUAUUAAAUCAUGUGUAUCAGAUCAUCCAUCACCUAAAUCUACAAGAAUCCUAUUUCUCAAUGUGUCUGAAAAUGAAUUAUGACUGAUGUGUGUAUGUGUGAUGUGUGUAAAUUGGGAUUGUGUGUGUAAGUUGCAUUUCUCUGAUUAUUUUUUUGAGUGCGUCCCUUCCUUUGGCUCAUUCACAGCGUAGUUUUGUUUGGACUGCAUUGCACUGCUACAUUUAGUGCUCUUCAAAACCACCUCGGUCAGUUUUUUCAUACAGUCGUACAGUCUGUCUCCUGAUUAACCCGUAUACUCACUGUCCUGUCCGAUAUACAUUUUCAACAUGAAGUAUAACAAUGAUCCAUCAGUAGACUAAUCAGUGUGCGUGUACAUAUGCCAACUGUAUGCAUAGCUACAGGACGAGGGAGCACAGGGUACAGUGCAUUGGUGUACGAUAUUCCCUUUAAUUCUUUAGUGGAGGGGGCCAGUCGUGAAACGCUCAUAAUCCCCUUCGUGCACCAUAAUAGAGGGUGUGUGUAUUUGAGUAGGCUACAGUGUCUGUUUUCUUUAACUGCUGAUUCAUUUCUUAACUGUAAGGGAUCAUUUCCUCUCUGCACAACUUAACAAGCUCCCUGUACAACUACGUUGCAAAAUGUCUGUGUUUGCGUGUAAAAUGAAGUUAAGUGCACACGUUCAAUAAGUGUAUGCAUGCCCGUGUGAACAAUGGACUGACUGUAAUUCUGCGUGGGUAUGGUGAAUGAAACUGAUCCAAGAUGCUCCAGUUGUUUAACAUGUGACCAAAGUAGCCAUUGUUUAAUCUCACGGUUCCUUUCUGUACAUUAUUUUCUAGAAAUGCUUGAAUAUUUUUUUUCUCGAUGCCAAGAAGCCGAUGUUUAUUUUUGUACUUCAUUGUUUCAUGCAAAUUUAUAUUUCCCUCUCCGCUACAGAAUUUAAAGUGAUUGGGAUUCUACAGAAAAACUGUCACUCACCACGGUACUUUAUUUGAAGGUACUAAUUAAAGCUGUAUUUAAUGUUGAAAGCAUGCCCUAAAUAUAAAUCAUCAGAAAAGCAUAGAGAACAUACAAAAUGUGAUUUAUUUGUACAAAGUGGAGCAUAUCUAAUAUUUUGAGGUUUUUAUUCUAGCAUGCAGAUUAAUGCUAAAAUUGAGUUUUAUGUUGAAUAAUUAAAAGAUGUAUUAUUUAGGAACAGGACUAACAAUGAGCACUUUUGCUGUGUAUCAGACAGAAUUGUACUCCCCUUGAACUUUGAGAGUGGAAGACGGUCGUUAUUUUUAUUUGAAAUGCUGCUAUCAUUAGUUUUGAGCAGACGAGCUGUUUUUAAAUUAACUUUAAGCCAAGUAGCAAUAAAACUUUUUACUGUGAAUUUUUUUGUCCAGUGUCCAUUUUGCUCAUCGUUUUUAUGAU